AUGAGCAGUGGAAGCGGGUACCUGCUUUCGGAACCGGAACCGCCUCAGAACUGCCGGUUCUGGAACCGGAACUGCCGUAGGCGGUUCCGGUUCCGGUUCCUAAAGUCUCAGAACCGCCUUAAGCGGUUCCGGUUCCAAUUCUCAUUUUUUAAAAACCGAUACCCGCCGGUUCCGGUUCCAAUACCGGUCACACUCCCCUCUCGCUAUCAUAACUUCGUAUUUCGUAAGGUGCCGACACAGCGACACUCCAAUCUCCCGUCUCGCAAUCCUUUGAUUCCCUGGAGUAGAUUAGUAGAAGACGAAGGUAGACAUUGGACUCAUUCGAUUCUUAGACCCCCGCUUAGUCGCUCACGUUGUUUUGUCUGUUUAAUCGACGAACGAAGAAAGCUAAUUGCCGAUGCAAUCGCCGACCAUCGCUGUUCAACAAUGGAAAGUAGUCGAAUUGAUGUUGACUUGGAUGGUGAAAGUGAGGCUGUUGAGCAAAACAAAGUGUCGGUAGUUGGGGACAAAAGGACAUCAAACGCUUGGCGCAACUACACAGAUGUUAGAGAUCCAAAGACGGGCAAGAUUGUAAAGGCGCAAUCCAAACAUUGUUCCAGAAUCUUGACAGUUACUACAAAAAAUGGUACAUCAUCUUUGGGUAAACAUACUGCUUUUUGUAUCCCAUCACGUUUCACGGUUGCUAGAGAUAUUAGUAAAGUGUUUCUUUGUGAGACGGAGCAAUUGAGAAAUGCCUUGAAAAGUUUGAAUUCUAGGAUUGCUCUUACUACUGAUUGUUGGACUUCUGUGCAAAAUUUAAGUUAUAUGUGUUUAACUGCUCAUUUUAUUGAUGAUAAUUGGAAAUUACAUAAAAGAAUUUUGAAUUUUCGUAAUAUUGAUAGUCAUAAAGGAAAAGAAAUCGGGAAAGAAGUAGAAUCUUGUAUUCUUUAUUGGGGUAUUGAAGAGAAGUUAUCUUGCAUCACUGUAGAUAAUGCAAGUGCUAAUGAUGUAGUUGUUGCUCAUAUAAAAGAUAAUCUAAUGGAUAAACUUGUCUUAGGAGGUGAGUUUUUCCAUAUGAGAUGUGCCACCCAUAUUUUAAACUUGAUUGUUAAAGAUGGUCUCGAUUUGAUUAAAGAUGCCAUUGUUAGGAUUAGGGGUGCAGUUAGAUAUGUUAGGAGCUCUACAGUAAGAUCAAAAUUGUUUGAUACUUGUGUUUCAAAAUCAAAAAUUUCGAGUAAAGCAUCGGUAUCUCUUGAUGUACCAACACGGUGGAACGCCACUUACAUUAUGUUGGAAACGACACUUAAGUUUGAGAGAGCUUUUAAAAGAAUGAGACAAGAAGACCCCGCAUUUGAGAAAGAUCUUAAAGAUGGAUUUCCAUCCCAAAAAGAUUGGGAAAGUGCUAGAAAUUUAUCUCUUUGUUUGAAGCAGUUUUUUGAAGCCACGAAAAGGAUGUCGGGAACUUUGUAUGUUACGGAUAAUAUGCAUUAUCAUGAGAUAUUAGGUGUACUUGCUUCCUUGUUGGAGUGGACACAAGAUGAAGAUAUCAAUAUUGUUCUUAUGGGUGAUCAAAUAAGGAAAAAGUUUGACAAAUAUUAUGGAGACUUUGGAAAAACAAAUGUGAUGGUGUUAGUUGCGGUUGCACUUGAUCCAAGGUAUAAGAUGAGGUUUGUGAAGUUUUCUCUAAGAAAAAUCUAUCCUUUAGACUUCAAAAAGGUUGAAGAGCUAUAUUCUCAAGUGUUUGAGGUUUUGAAUCAACUAUAUAAUCAUUAUUCUAAUGUUUCUUCAAGGGGCAAGAAUGAUGGUUCUAGUUCUUUCAAUACAAAUGAUAAUGAUGGUCAAAGUUUUGAUGGUGUGGUUAAGAAUAAGCAAAUGAGAAAAAUAUAUGAUGAGUUUUUUGAAAAUGAUGUUGAAGAUGCUAUGGAAAAAUCUGAAUUGGAGGAAUAUCUUGAUGCUCCACCCGAAAAAAUGAAUAAUGAAACAUUUGAUAUUUUGAAGUGGUGGAGUGACAAGUGCACAACAUACAAGGUGUUAGCAUCAAUGGCAAAGGACAUUCUAGCCAUUCCGGUUUCUACGGUUGCUAGUGAGUCCACUUUUAGUACAUCCGGACGUGUGGUUGAUGACUUUCGUAGUAAUUUGCUUCCAAAAACGGUGGAAGCUUUGAUUUUUACUCAAGAUUGGUUAAGGGCAUCAAAUGUUUGUAUUGACCUUGAACAGUUACUGGAAGAUGUGGAAAAAUAUGAGGAAGAAAUCAGUCGCAAUAUGGAAGAUACACAUGGAGGGAAUAAGUAG